GACUAAUAUCAUUGUUGGUGGAUAAUAGCGGAGCGAGCUGUUUACAAGCGAGGGCGGACUGCUGUAUAAAAGGGCAGGGCUGCCCCUGAGGUAGCAGACAACUGACCCGACUGACACGGGCUGAUCAGCGCUGCCAGUUAAAGAGCGAGCAGCCAGCGACUGAGUCAAUCUUCAGCUCAGCGCCUCAACCAGUUGAAUCUUCAAUUUAAAACACAACUCGCCUGGCUGGGAGACCGCGGAUUCGUUUAGCAAAUGGAGUACAAGGUGUUCUUCUCUCUGCUCACGCUGCUGUGUGGACUGCCCGUCGCCACAGGGACCCCACUGUUGGAAGGAGCGGUGAUGGUGGAGUUUCCUCCGGCGUCCGGCCCCACCUCGAGUCCUCCGCGCCGUCUCAGCCGCCCCAAGCGCUGCUCCUGCUCGUCUCUCAGGGACAAGGAAUGCAUCUACUUCUGCCACCUGGACAUCAUCUGGAUCAACACCCCCGAGCAGGUUGUUCCUUACGGACUGGGCGGAAUCCCACGGACUAGGAGAUCUACAAACAACAAGCUGGUGGAAUUGAUGGAGACCAGGGCCAGAUGUGAAUGUGGCAAUGCAGAGGAUGAUGCCUGCCAGCUGUUUUGUGACCAGGAUCAAGAGGCAACUAGGUUUCAAAUCCAGACACAAACAGAAAAGCACAGUCCAGAGUUAAAAUCAGAUAGAACAGAACAAAACGCACUGGACUGCACGCACCAACGGCUGAAUUGUGUUUACCAACAUCUACUUAACAUCACAAAAACGCUGAAGCGCGGCAGCAAGGAGCACCUGCCCGCAUUGUGGAAGAAUUGGAUGGAUCGAAUACGGAGCAGGAGGCGCCAGGACAUCGUUAAAGGGAGGAGUUUAGGUCUCCGCGUGGAUGGGCAAGCGCCACGGUGCAAGGAACGCCCCUGCUGAGAAGAUGGCGGUUAAGGGAACUGUACGUGACGGUUGCCUCCACAGAACAGACCAUGGGACAGAUCCGGGAACUAACAUCUCUUGCCAAAAAAAAAACCAGCGGUGUCUGAGAUGCAACUUGGUCUUACGCAUAUAAAAAAAACAUCGAGACUGGGAAUUCCAACUUGGCAUUUCACAAACCAGAACACUUCCCAACGGCGUUUAAGCAAACGACCAUGCAAUGCACAUUCUUCGGCGGGCACGGGCAAGUUGGGCCGAAGGGCCUGUUUCCACGCGGUGCCAGUCGGUGGCAGCAGUCCUGGGUCCAAGACAGACUGACCCGGGAUAGAAACAGAACCGAGGCCGGGGUUACCGUGAAGAAAGUGGACUCCAAUUAAUCCCCGGAACCAACAUCUCAACUCGCACGUGAGGCUUGCUCACGAAAACGGGGAGGAAAGAGUGCAAACGGCCGGUUUGAGAUAUUUCCCACAAACUUUGCCAAGGAACGCUGAAACUUGUAGAAUAGCAUUUUUUAAUAUUUUUCAAAAAAAAUCUACCUCAUAUUUUGUAAAUUGCUGUCGACUAAAAUAUACCUUAAAGUUAUCAUUAUACACUUUGUGAACACGUCUGGCGAUACAUAGAACAUAGGUCCAGCAUGUGUUUAAGUCAUGUGUUACACUUGGUGUUUAAGUGUUUGUCAUGUGUAACAUGCGCUUAAGUCACUCAGCACAUGUGUUCAAGUUACUCUUUGGAUUAUUGCGUAUCGGAUCAAAAUCCUUCUUCGGUCUGAAGAAGGGUCUCAACCCAAAACGUCACCUAUCCAUGUUCUCCACAGAUGCUGCCUGACCAGCUGAGUUACUCCAGCACUCUGUGAAACGUCACCUAUCCAUGUUCUCCACAGAUGCUGCCUGACCCGCUGAGUUACUCCAGCACUCUGUGAAACGUCACCUAUCCAUGUUCUCCACAGAUGCUGCCUGACCCGCUGAGUUACUCCAGCACUCUGUGAAACGUCACCUAUCCAUGUUCUCCACAGAUGCUGCCUGACCCGCUGAGUUACUCCAGCACUUUGUGAAACGUCACCUAUCCAUGUUCCCCACAGAUGCUGCCUGACCCGCUGAGUUACUCCAGCACUCUGUGAAACGUCACCUAUCCAUGUUCUCCACAGAUGCUGCCUGACCCGCUGAGCUACUCCAGCACUCUGUGUACCGCCACUGUUCUAUGUUCUAUGUUCACCCAUGUGUGCGUAUAAGUACUGUUAAGUCUAGAUGUAUGUGAUUUAAAAUGCUGGUAUUGAACUGUACAGCUAGAAAUACAUUAUAUCUAUGGUAAAUUGGAUAUAAAGGAGAUAAUGAAGGCUUCAAAAAUCAAUUAAAAAUCAACAGCCAAACAUACAUUUUUUGCUAUCGUAAAUGUUGCUAUGAUAUGCAUUGAUAUGCUGACCAAAUGAGCAACAGAUGUGGCAUGUUGGUGCAGCGUUAGAGUUGCUGCCUUACAGCGCCAGAAACCCAGGUUCGAUGCUGACUACGGGCGCUGUCUGUACGGAGUUUGCACGUUCUCCCCGUGACCUGCGUGGGUUUUCUCCGAGAUCUUCGGUUUCCUCCCACACUCCAAAGACGUGCGGGUUUGUAGGUGAAUUGGCUUCAGUAAAAAAUGUAAAUUGUCCCUUGUGUGUGUGUAGGAUAGUGUUAGUGUGCGGUGAUCGCUGGUCAAUAGACAAUAGUUGCAGGAGGAGGCCAUUCGGUCCUUCGAGCCAGCACCGCCAUUCAAUGUGACCAUGGCUAAUCAUCCCCAAUCAGUAACCCGUUCCUGCCUUCUCCCCAUAUCCCCUGACUCCACUAUCUUUAAGAGCCCUAUCUAGCUCUCUCUUGAAAGCAUCCAGAGAACCUGCCUCCACCGCCCUCUGAGGCAGAGAAUUCCACAGACUCACAACUAUCCGUGAGAAAAAGUGACGGCACGGAACUGGUGGGCCGAAGGGCCUGCUUCCGUGCUGUAUCUCUAAACUAAACUAAACUAAACAGACUACAAGAGCUGUUUAUUGAAAAUAAGUCAUUUCACAAACCAGAAAAUUAGUAUUUUACCUGGAUUUUCAAAUCAGUAUUCAUACUAUUUUGACACAUGCAUUACUUUGGUUACUGACUGUAUUUUAAACAGUGCCUUAUUAUUAUAUACUUGAUGGCCAUAUUGGCCUCUUGUUUUUUUAGCCGGUAUGUAUUUUUAUACAGAAAUGUGUUAUUUGCUCCACUUUUAUGUUUUUUGAAAAUAGUUUGCCUGAAAAUAAAACAUUUCUAUUUAAUAUGAA